AUGCGUCUGCUUUGUGUGGAUAAAGGUCUCAGUUUUGCUUUCAAACAACACUUGAUGAAAUUUAAAACAUCAUCAGUUCAAACUACACAUCAACAACCCCAAGAGGUUGAACUUUCGAAUGAUCAACUCGAAAAUAAUACCAAACUUGGUAGUAAUGGCAAUAAUAAUGAUUAUAAUUUGGAAAAUACAAAGCUUGAAACCAUGAUUAUUCAAGUUGCUGAACCCACAAGUUCCGAUCUUGAUUAUGAACAAGAGGAAGUCUUUAUGGAAAGUAUUGGAAAAAUUGAAAAGGCAAUUUUGGAAUUUGAUCCUCAUGUGUUGUUGUUUUCAAGUCGAGGAGGAAAAUAUGCUUGUAAAUUAUUGAAAGAUCAUGUGUGGGAGGGUCCUUGUGUGAUGAUUUCAACAUUGAUUGUUUCGUCCAUGAUUGAUUUUGAAGAGACCAAUGCAACGCUUGUUUUUGCGUAUGGACAAGAGGAAAAAACUGUACCAUUUCCAAUGAUUCAACACUUGAAACAAUGUCACAACAAUAGGGUUGUCGUGUUGAGCUAUGCAAAUGAAAGUCAUUCCAUGAAUACUCUGGUGAAUUUAGAAAAAGAAGAAGAUUUUAAUUUACAACAUGGCAUUGAGCAAGUAAAAACAUUGACACAAGAGUAUCGAGAGAAAGAGGAUGACGUGGUAUUCGAAGAGAAACAAUUGUCCUUACUACAAUUGGUGUAUUUAAGUUGGUGCAUUGCCAAUCAAUGUGAAAAGAAACGCAUUGUCAAGAAUGCUAAAUUAUUACAGAGCGCUUCAAGUACCUCCUCUCAUCUGGAUCUGCGACCUCAAGGAGCACCAAGUUUCAUGUUGAAUCCAUCCAUGUUGAAAGGAGGAUUCAAUCAACUUCGAAAGAUUUAG